AUUUUUUUCGGUUUUCGGUAUGGUUCAAUUAAUUUUGUUUUUUUCGGUUUUCGGUACUAUGAUCUCAUUCGGGUUUUACUAAUUUUUGGAUUGUGUUAGGCUUGAUUUGGUUUCUUCCGAAUUCAGUUCGGUUCUUUUUGGGUUCGGUUCGAGUUGUAUCCAAAUCUGAAAGUAAAUAACUCUCAAGUCCCAUUUGAAUAUUUUUUUAUAACGGAUUUGAUCAGAUUUUUUUUCCCGGUUUGGGUUAAGGUUCGGAUUUCAAUUUGCUGUAAAAACGCCCAUGCCUAUUUUGAAGGUUGACGAAGAGGGAGUUCUAAUGGUUGACCAAAUGUCAACUAAUUAAUCUUUCUAAAUUGCCAAACUGCUUUUCAAUUCAAUAAUUAAUAUAAUCAAAUCAUUAUAUUGUCCGAAUAUUUACCUUUUCUUCUCAUUAGAAGAUUCCUUGCAACUACCAACCGUCGUAAUCUUUGAACAAUACAAAAAUAAGUCACAUUGUUAAACUGUAGCAGAUGUAGACGUUAGGAUAUAAUAUAUGGGAUAGUUUGAGGUUCUCCUUACAUUACAUUGACAUGGUCUUGUUUGUGUAGCUUUGUGGAAAAAUGUCUGCCAAAAUGAGUCAACAGAACAUCUCAAGACUUGAGGUUUAUUUCCUAUAAGAAUUAAACUUAAAAGAAAAACCUGAAAAGAGGUUCAAAGUUAGAGAGAAGAGAUCAAAGAGAGGUAGAAUAUGAAGAUUCAGAGUCUGUUCUUGAUGGCCAUUUUCUCUCUUGCUUAUACACAGCUGCUCAAUGGCCAAUCAUUGUCAGGUUGCCAAACUAGAUGUGGCAACGUCUCAAUCGACUACCCUUUUGGCACUUCUCAAGGUUGUUACUAUGACGGCGAUAAUAGUUUCAAACUCACAUGUAACGAAACAAAUAAGCUAAUCUUUGGCGGCAAUGAAGUGAUCAACAUCACUCACAGCGGCGAGCUACGCGUCCUGGUUACUAGAUCCUAUGUUUGUUACAACAGCCAAGGGAACCAGACUGGCCGUAGUAACCGGUGGACAAGGCUUGGUAACUUAACAUUCUCCGACAAGAACAGAUUCACUGCAGUAGGAUGUAACACUUACGCGUUUCUCAACACUAAUGAAGUUGGAAAUUACUCAGUUGGGUGCAUGUCAACAUGUAACACUCCUAGGGAGACAAAUGGAACAUGUUCUGGUGGAGGUUGCUGCCAGACUUCUCUUCCUAGAAGGAUCAACUACUUCAGAGUAAGACCAUAUAGCUUUUCAAACCAUACUUCUGUUCAUAGCUUCAACCCUUGCAGCUACGCCUUUCUAGUGGAAGAUGGUUUGUUUAACUUCAGAUCUUCAGAGGAUCUUAUGAAUCUGAGGAAUAUCACGAGGUUCCCUGUGGUACUGGAUUGGUCUAUUGGUAAACAUUCAUGUCAGCAAGUUGGAAGCGCAAACAUAUGCGGUUGGAACAGUGAAUGUUCCAACUCUGUCCGUGGAACCGGUUACAUCUGCAAAUGUAAGGAAGGGUUUGAUGGGAAUCCAUACCUUUCAAAUGAGAAGGGUUGCCAAGGUACUUCAGAACCGAAUCGAAAAUCUAAAUAACUAAAUCAAAACUAAACUCAAAUUCAUAAAUAAUAAAUAACCUAACAGUUCCUAUAUCUCUUAAUCGAAAAACCACAAUCGAGCCAGAACCGAACCAAAAAAAAAAAAAAAAAACUGGAAAACGAAACCAAAAUCGAAC